UUUGAUUCUCUGUUUAUUGUUAUCUGUAGGUUUUUACACGGAAACCGAAUCAAAAACAUUGAUGCGAAUGCUUUUCGCGGCCUCACUGAUCUGCGUUUGGUGUAAGUUGUAUUGAAUAGAAGUAAACUGAUAUGCUUUUCUUUCAGUUUCGUACAUAGUUCUACAGUAUUAAGCAUUUUAAAAAUGUUGAAUGUCCAUCAAUUUGUAGUUUGUUUGUCUAAAUCAUUAUCACGAUCUUGAUGGUUUUAUGUCAAGUUUCCCCUUCGCUUUUCUUUGUACGGGAUAGCAACAAAUGUAUUCUGCGUGAGGGAAACUGCCAUUUUAAAGCAAUUCAUUCUUAAGCUUAUAAAUAAACAAAUUAACUUCUUGAAUUUUAGGACGCUAUUUGAAAAUCCCGCCUUAACGUCACUUCCAAGAAAUGUAUUCAAUGGACUGACUGAAAAUGUUACUUUGUAAGUAUAGAUAGUUCUUAAUCUACUUACUAUGAUACAUUUCUUCAAGGCCCUUUUGCAUUCAAUAAGUAUGAACUUUGAGUCAUUAAUACCAUUACAUACCCACUGUUCCUCAUUGCGGUUGCUUGGAUAAAGAUUGUUAUUUGAGAUAUUUGACAAUUUGUAAUUCAAGUUGGUUAUACCUUCCGAGAGAGACACCUUGUUUUUUUUAAGAUCACUGAAACCUCUGGUGAUGCCAACUAGCUUGAAGAUGUUUAACCAUGUAGUGAUAAACAACAAACUGCUCAAUAAUUUUGUUCUUGACUGAUCCUGAUCUUCGUGCACGGUUCUGACCAAAUGAGCCACCUCAUUUGAACCUAGUAAUUGUCAAUUUACUUAAGAAUACCUCAAACCUCAUCGUAAAGUUAAAAGGUUUGAACUUCUUUUUAGGGCUCUCUCCUGCAAAACCCUUGAGGAGCUUCCUCGAGGGAUAAACGAGGCAAGAGUGUAAGUAAAAGGUCAUAUAGAGCAGUUUUGGUUGUAAUUCAGGAUCGCUCGGGUUUUGCUGUAAAACUCAGAUUGAAAAUAACGAUUAAUUGACCUUGACUUAAUAAUGUAUAUCAACAAAGAAAAGAAGUUAGUCAUCGUUACUGUGAAUUUGCAGUAUUUAACCAAAGUUUAAAAACAUUACAGAUCAGUCAUUUUUUGCUGCCUCGAGGUCAUUUACAUAUAGGGUGCUCAAGUAUAUUAUCUUCGGUUUGGUCUACUUUAUCAGAUGCAGUAAAUUCCGGCUGUGAUGUGCUGUGCUGUCUUGUGCUAUGAUGUAUCAUGUUUGAGCUUUCAUCAAUGAUUUGUCAUAGUCAGUAUCUUUUGGUCUGGUUUGGUGUGAGUCUGAAUCCAGGCCAUUUAAUUUUCCUUACAUAUAAGCUUUGUGGAACUCUUUAACCUUGAAUUACAGUGAAUUGUUGCGCCGGCUUUUCACCCUUUUGGUUUUAUUAACAAGUUUCUGGUUUUUAUUUUCUUUCAUCAGUGUAUGUGCUCCAACAGAAUCUUUGUUUGUAGUCGUCGAUUCCCGGGAACGCCGCUAUCAACUGGAUGGUCUUCUAGACUCCGGCUUUAUGUGUUCUAAAUGCAGUAAGGGGGGCGAUUCCAGAUGCCUUAAUUGUAGCCUUUGCUCGACGGGCACCUACAGCAGCCGUGAUAGAGCGAAUACAAAUUGCUUGAGGUGCCCUGCAGGUAAAUAAGAUGCUUUAUAUGUUGCAAUUUGUUUUUGGAGACAUUUACGUUUAGCUAAAAACCAUAAAAUGAGUGUCUGACCUCAAUGGAUAGAGUAUCGCUCCCAAAUGUUUUAUUUUCAGGAGGCUUUUACCAAGACGAAAUGGGCCAAAUUGACUGUAAGAACUGCUCCAUUGGCACUUAUGUUCCUGAGAUUAACUACCCUGGAAAAUCCGCGACUGACUGUCGCGCAUGCCCUUACGGUAAGAGAAAAUAAUGAUUGAAAAUGAGUUUUGAAAAAUUGCGGCAAUAAUAUUGAAUAGAAGAGAAUUCUUCUUGUAAGAAUGCAUUACGUAUGAAUAUCUUGAGAAGAAUCUCGGUUUCAGAAAUUCUUUUCACAAGAAUAGGGAAUUCUUUUCUCAAGAACGAGAAUUGUUUCUUUGUCAUAUUGACCCAUCUCGUCCUGAUAAAGACGGGCUGAGUCAAUAUGAAUACAAGAUUUGCAGCACGUGUACCUAUGUUCAUGAGGAGCAGUAUCCUGGAAAAAGUCUUAAUGACUAUCGCGCAUACCCAUACGGUAAGGAUCAGGUUCAAUAACAAGCUCUUGCGUGAUUUCACUUUCGUUCUUAUUGUCCGAUGACCAUGAUUUUAUGAUUUGAAAGAUGUGCUUGCUUUUCAUUAUGAUUUUACACAUAAACUAAUUAUCAAACAUUUUCUCGCGAUUAAGAGUCACUACUGAUUGUAGAGCCAGGCUAGGAAAACCAAUUUGUUUCGUUACCUGUACUGCUAAUUUUCGGAAGGCGGUGAGGUAAAUUGACUACUCGUCUCUAACCGUAAAUUGUUGACCGGGUGCUGUCAGUAAAAUUUGGUGUUCUGUCUCUGAUGUUUAUUACUCCCCAUGCAACCAUGGGUUUACAGUCUUGUGGAGAGCACUGGUGGUUGUACUUUAGCAGAAAGUUUAUCCAUCUGGCUCUGGUUGUUCAAAGACUGGAUAGCGCUCUUAACUGAACAAAUCUCGAUUCGGUGAAUAGUGCAGUACGUUCUGUUAACACUUAUCCAUUGAAUAGCGAUUUAUCCGUUUGAUGGUGUUAUCCGUCCUUUGAACAACUGGUCUCUGAAAGAUCUCUCAAGAAAGUAAAGGGUUUUCAUGUGGGAAAAUUCUGAUCACUAUGUUUUUACUUAACAUUUCUGUGCUUGUAGACAGGUACUAACAGUAAUGAAAUGGCUGGUUACCGUGCAUGUCGAUGCCUCCAUAAAUUCUACCGCUUGGAUCGUUUUGGCCCAUGCAAAUCGUGUCCAUAUCAAGGAAUGAACUGUGAGAAUGAUUCGGCAAUAUUAGCACCAAAUUACUUUUGGAAAUGGAACAGUUCCGAAAAAAUGGAAUCUUACAGAAGUUUCGUCCAAAACAUCCAAAUUACCACAGCUGAGUAUAAUAAAACCUUCUCCACUUUUGAGGGACUGUUGUCAAAGCCUCUGAAGUGCCCUUAUCCAGACUCAUGUAAGGGCGGAAUAAACUCAACGUGUAGCACUGGCUACCAGGGUACCCUCUGUGCAGCAUGUUCCUCGUACCAUUAUCUUAGAUUCAACAGAUGUUUAAAAUGUCCCAAGUUGGUGGUCACAGUCAUUUCUUGUGGUCUGAUACUUUUGUUCUUUGUCCUGCUAUUUGUGAUUGUUUUCAAGUGCGACUCAAGACGAACAGGAGACAAUCGUUUUGUUGCAGAUGUCGUAAUGUCCUGCAUUAAGAUCAUUAUUGGAUUCUAUCAAGUUCUUGCUGGUAUUUUCUCAGCUUUGCUGCAUGUACAGUGGCCAAUAGUUAUUUUAUCUGCGGCGAAAUGCUUGAAAUUUGUUGAAGGAAAUAUUUUACAGUUCGCACCUCUGAGUUGCAUUCACCCUGUGCUCCGCUUGGACCCAUUUAUUCAAUUUGUCAUCGCUGUUACUAUAAACGUCUUUGCUGUCUCUUUAAUACUGCUUUACCUCUUCUUUAAAAUGCUUCUCCUUAACAGGAUGGAGAAUUCCACUGAAGAAAACAAUUCCAAUUUUAUAGCAGGAAACACCUUAGAAAGAAUGGAGGAUACCACAGCAGAAAAUGUCUUAUAUGGAAUUGAGAAUUCCACGCUAGAGAGUGCUUCGGCGAGCUCAACGGGGGAAUCCAAACGGGAAAAAAUCUCAAGGCUGAAGAAGUCUUGCUAUCGAAACAUCUUUUUAUUUCUCCUGUUGUCUUAUCCAAUAACAAGUAAGAAGAUUAUAAACAUUCUGCCCCUGCCAGGAGCGUGUGUCAAGAAGUGUUUCUUAAAUGAUGACAGCGAUUGUAUUUCUCUACUGAAGGCCGACUAUUCCAUGCGCUGUUCUACCUCUCAACACACUGACUUUUGGCACAUCGCUGCUGGGUUUGCACUGUAUCCCAUCGCCUUCCCAAUUCUGCUGUUGGCACUCCUUUGGGAAUGUCGAAAAUACCCGCAAAAACACAAACAGUUUAACUUUGGCUUGAAAGUGUUUUAUGAGAACUAUAAGGACAAGUAUUGGUUCUGGGAGAUAGUUGAGAUGUACCGGAAGCUGAUCUUUAUUUCAGUCAUUCUUCUGUUCGACUCCGAAAGCGAUUCUCAAAUUGGCUUUGCUGUGAUCGCAGCAAGUGCAUCAGGAAUUGUAUACACCAUCUUUCGACCGAUGAAAGACAAGUUUGAAGAUCGACUACAAACAUUUGUGCUGUGGGUGAUAUUCUUUAAUGUCUGUCUUGGUGCAGUUUAUUCACGGCCCACCUUGAACGAGGGGCAUGGAGAUAACAAUUCGUUAUUUGUAAAUGUGAUGUUUUUGAUUCUCAACUGUGCCGUGUUGGUUGUGGCAGUUGGUAAGUCCUCUGAUCAGAACUUUUUUUUCGAUCAAUAUAUUGUAACG